UCCUCGCCACUACUACCGUUAGCUGUCUUCUGACGCUCACUCCCUCGUUUUCUCUGUUAAGCUUGCAGAGAGGGGAGAGAGAGAUAGAGAGAUCUAGAGAGAGAGAGAGAGAGACUCAGAAUUCUAGAGAGAGAAAAUGAGUGAGCCAUCGAACGAUGCGUUGUUGGCGCCACCCCCGCCUCAGGCGUUGCUGGAGAGGCUCAAGGAUUACGGCCAAGAAGACGCCUUUGCCCUCUGGGACGAGCUCUCCCCCGACGAACGCCAGCUUCUCGUCAAUGAAAUCGAGAGUUUGGAUCUUUCGAGAAUCGAUCGGAUCAUACGGUGUUCGCUUCGAUCUCACGGGCUGCCGACGGCGGCGAUUGAGCCGGUGCCGGAGAGCAGUGUGUCGGCGGUGGAGGAGCGAACGCUAGAAGACAGAGAGAGGUGGUGGAAGAUGGGACUGAAAGCCAUCCAUGAGGGAAAGUUGGCUGUCCUACUUUUGUCCGGUGGACAGGGAACUCGGCUUGGAAGUUCAGAUCCGAAGGGAUGCUUCAACAUUGGGCUUCCAUCUGGAAAGUCACUCUUUCAACUCCAAGCUGAGCGGAUUUUGUGUGUCCAAAGACUAGCUGCUCAAGCUACAAAUGAGGGUAACGCUGCUCCACUGCAAAUACAUUGGUAUAUCAUGACCAGCCCAUUUACUGAUGAAUCCACACGGAAAUUUUUUGAAACUCAUAAAUACUUUGGUCUCGACGCUGACCAGAUAACCUUCUUUCAGCAAGGAACCAUACCUUGUGUUUCAAAGGAUGGAAGAUUUAUCAUGGAAACUCCAUAUAGAGUAGCUAAGGCACCAGAUGGGAAUGGAGGAGUAUAUUCAGCUUUAAAAUCAUCAAGAUUAUUAGAAGAUAUGGCUACAAGAGGAAUUAAAUAUGUGGAUUGCUAUGGAGUUGACAAUGCACUGGUUCGUGUAGCUGAUCCAACGUUCUUGGGAUAUUUCAUUGAUAAAGGUGUUUCAGCUGCUGCAAAAGUUGUUCGUAAGGCAUACCCACAAGAAAAGGUUGGUGUGUUUGUACGUCGAGGAAAAGGAGGACCUCUUACUGUGGUUGAAUACAGUGAGAUGGACUCAUCUCUGGCAUCUGCAAUCAAUCAAGAAACUGGACGUCUUCGUUUUUGUUGGAGUAAUGUGUGUUUGCACAUGUUCACCCUGGAUUUUCUAAACCAAGUGGCUAAUGGCCUUGAGAAGGAUAGCAUUUACCAUCUCGCUGAGAAGAAAAUUCCUUCUAUCCAUGGACAGUCGAUGGGAUUCAAACUAGAGCAAUUCAUAUUCGAUGCGUUUCCUUAUGCACCCUCAACUGCACUUUUUGAGGUAUUGCGUGAAGAAGAGUUUGCACCGGUAAAAAAUGCAAACGGGUCAAAUUAUGACACUCCGGAUAGUGCCAGGCUUCUUGUUCUCCGACUCCACGCUCGUUGGGUAGUUGCCGCUGGUGGAUUCUUAACACAUUCAGUGCCUUUAUAUGCAACUGGUGUGGAGGUGUCACCUCUUUGUUCGUAUGCCGGAGAAAACCUCGAAGCUAUUUGCCGUGGACGAACCUUCCAUGCCCCUUGCGAGAUUACAUUCUAAUCUGUUUACAGAAUCGUGGUUUUUUUUACCCUUAAUUUGUGCGGCUGUAUUUUACUAAAACCUAGAGUGUGAGUUAGCUCCGCCUAUAUCUUUAACGUUUGUGAUUGAUUAGUGGAUGAUUUGCUGUGUAUAAUAUGAAGGUCUUUGAGAUAUACAUGUAUUUUUGUCAUGCUUCAGUUCUAUGUCUCGGCGGCCACCUUUGUUUGCUUUGUCAAGGUGUGAAUUGCUACCCACCUAUAGGUGGUGGGGUUUCCCUACCAACUAGAGGGCUUAAGGCGUGCUUAAUUUGACAUUUUUGUGAGGAUAAUGAAUCAUUCACCCACUU